AUGAUGAUUCAACAAGUAGAUGACAGACUUCAAGAUUUAGUUAAAAAAGUUGAUAGACUUGAGCAAAAAUAUCGUGAUAAAGAAAGUACAAUAAAAGACGAUAGAGGUACUGCUCCGAAAACUGUCAACAUCGCAAAUUCAGAAUCUUCUGCAAAAGAACAACCUGUUAAUACUCGUCCUUCAUCUGUAUAUGCAUCAAAUGAUAUCUUUAUUAAUGGCAUAUGGUCCAAUCGUUAUUAUCAAUAUGGAGUAUGGCAUGGACCAUUCUCAAAUUCGAUGAAAUUUAAUACAUAUAACAACACUACAUGUAUAAAACCAGCACCGUAUGACAGAGGCUUCGGAUAUUCUUGGCAAUUUCGUGAUGGAUUCAGUAAUCGUGGAAUGUUUCAAAGCUAUGAGGCAGAUCAUGGUGCUGAAAAUUGUGAACAAUCUGGUCUAAUUGUGCAUCCAAAAUGA